ACAAUGGCAUCUUUAGGACUGCAGAUUCUGGGUGUCGGGCUCGCAGUGCUUGGAUGGAUUGGAAACAUACUGAUCUGCAUGCUGCCCCUGUGGAAAGUGUCUGCUUUCAUUGGGAACAACAUUGUGGUGGCUCAGACUAUCUGGGAAGGACUGUGGAUGACCUGUGUGGUGCAGAGCACUGGCCAGAUGCAGUGCAAGGUCUACGACUCCCUGCUGGCUCUGCCUCCGGACCUCCAGGCAGCCCGAGCCAUGGUGGUUAUCGCCAUCCUGUUCUCUCUGUUCGGCCUGCUGCUCUCUGUGGUCGGAGGCAAAUGCACAACCUGUAUUGGAGAUAAAGCAGCAAAAGCGAGAGUGGCCAUCUCUGCAGGCGUUUUCUUCAUCCUGAGCGGGGCUCUGUGCCUCGUAACCGUGUCUCUGCCUGCUAAUACGAUCAUAAAGGACUUCUACAACCCCAUGGUUCCUGAUGCUCAGAGGAGGGAGCUGGGAGCCUGUUUGUACAUGGGCUGGGGAGCAGCAGGACUCCUGCUGAUUGGCGGCGCUCUGCUCUGUUGUCAGUGUCCAUCAGGAAGAGACCGCUACAACGGUGCAAAGUACUCGCCGCCUAAAUCCACAACACCGGGGAAGGAAUUUGUCUGAGCUGCAGCAUCACAUGAGAAGCAGGACUUGACUUUACAUACAAACCUGUUGCUUAUCACGUUACGAUUUGCAUUGUGACUAACGUCUUUUGACUAACACACUGUGC